CUCCACGAGGAGCCUGCCUGUUACACGAAUGCAGUAAGAAGCCAAGUAGAGAAGAUGGUGGAGAUAGGGAUGGAGAUCCUUCAGAAGAACAAUGUCUUAGACCUCAGAGAUGUUAGGUUUGGCUUCCACUGGCCCCCAUUCUGUUCUGUCUCUCACCUGCAUCACCAUGUGUUGGCACCUGCCAGUCAAAUGGGCUUCAUGUCCCGCCUCUUCUACAGACCCAACUCCUAUUGGUUUGUCAUGAUACACUACAUGAGCUUGACAAUGGACUGGAAAUUCAGACAUCAAAAAGCCAUGAAGAAGCCAUGAAUUGUAAUUUAUUUAUUAUUGUACUAUGUGUGUUUGUCUACUUCAGGCGGACCAGUUGAUUCAGCAGCUGAACUCUUAAGGGAGAGACCAACUGAGUGGUGGGUUGCAGUCUGGGCUGGUCCAGUGAGAAACGGGGUUACCUUACUAGUAGUGAAGUGAGCACGUCAGGACUGUUCUGGUCUCCCUCCGUGGUUCUCUGUGUGAGAGUACUAUACUCCCUAGCAGGUUACAGUGAGACUAGUGAUGAUGGUACAAAUCAACUCAACUGAGGUUUUUAAUUCUACUAUCAAGCUGAACAGUCAAAUCAGAAAUUAAGCUAAAUAUUUUUUCCUUCUAAUUCUAAAAACUUUUGUGAAAAUUACCAAUAGUUACGCUUUAUUUUUUAGCACAGUAUAUGAAAUAGUAAUGACUGGAAUGAUUUUGGGGUCAUUUUACCCUUGGUAAAGAAAGAUAUCAAAAGUGAUACAAAUAUACACUGCUCAUAAAAAUAAAGGGAACACUAAAAUAACACAUCCUAGAUCUGAAUGAAUGAAAUAUUCUUAUUAAAUAGUUUUUUCUUUACAUAGUUCAAUGUGCUGACAACAAAAUC